CACGGAUGCUGCAGAAGAGCAGGUCCAUCCAUUAUGCUGUUAUUGUUUUAACAUAGCAGCAAUGAAGCCCAGAUUGUUUAUUCUUAAACACAUGCAAAUCUGACUGCUAAUUCCAUCAUGGCGCUGUUUGUGACGAUAUUUCCAUACCGCUAAACGAUGGCGUCAUUGGAUUCUGCCGCGUCAUCAGAGGGCCGGCCGGCGCUGCGUCUGGUUCUGCUGGGGCGGACGGGCUCGGGCCGCAGCGCCAGCGCCAACACCAUCCUGGGGCGCUCCGCCUUCCCUUCCUCCGCCUCCCCCCGCUCCCUCACCCACCACUGCCAGACGCACAGCGGCACCGCGAUGGGUCGGAACCUGGACGUGACGGACACGCCGGGCCUCUUCCACACGGGCCUCUCCCCGCAGGAGGUGACAGAGGAGCUGCUCCGCGGCCUCCUGGUGCUGGCCGCCCCGGGACCCCACGCCCUCCUGGUGACCCUGCGGCCGGGCCGCUACACCCAGGAGGAGCGGCGGGCCCUGGGGUGGCUGAGGGCCGUGCUGGGGCCCCGGGCGCCCGAGUUCACCCUGCUCCUCCUCACCUGGGGGGAGGAGGGGCUGCAGGGCCGCGGGCCCGGGGACUUCCUGGAGGAGAGCGAGGAGCUGAGGGAGUUUGCGCGGAGCUGCCGCGGCGGAUGGCACCUGCUGGAGAACAGGGGAGGAGAGGCCGGCCGGCGGGAGCAGCGGGGGCAGGUGCAGACGCUCCUGGAGAAGGUGGAGAGGAUGGUGGAGGAGAACGGGGGGGGUUUCUAUAGCAACGAGAUGCUCCGUGACGCAGGGGGCUCCGUCCGGGAGGUGCAGGAGGAGAGGAUUCCGGGAGGUGAAAGAAGCUGGGAGGACCUAGGAGAGGAGGAGGCGAAGAGAGGGGGACGAGGAGAGGAGGAGGCGAGGAGAGGAGGGAGAGAGGAAAGGAGGGGAGAGGAGAGGAGAUGGAGUAGCGUGGAUGAUAGAGGGAGAAGAGAGGAGGAGGAGAGGAAGAGGGAGGAGGAGGCAGCCAGGCGGAAAGAGGAGAGGGAGUUCUGGUCCGAGCUAUUGACGGCGGUGGGGAGGGGGGCAGCGGAAGGGGCGGGGUUAUUAGAGAAGGGGGAGGGGCAAGCGGGGAAGAUGCCUGGGAUAGGAAAGGCCCUGAAGAAGGUCAGUACCAUGGCAACCUCGCCGCUGUCAGUCACCUCGGCGGCCAGAGCGGUGGGUGGGGCUGUGAGAGAGGGGGGGAGGGUCUUAUUCAAACACCGCAAGGCACUCCGGCCCUGAUGCCCUGCGUGUGUGCUCGUGUGUUAUACGGAUGUGCGCAGAAGGGAUUAACCCUCAUACAUACUCAUGGACAAACUCAUUCUGCAUAUUACAACAAGACACUUCCAAAAUAUAUAAUCUUGUGACAUCACAGUGGUCAAAUGGUCCAACCGUUUGUUUGUUUGAGCCCAGUGGCCCGCCAUGACCCCGUUUGUGCAUCCCUGGCAGAAGCGACCAACAUGUUGUUCCUCUUGUGAACUAUAGAUGGCUCAAGGUGGAUGUGGUCAGCAUUCUAACUUAAUGGGAAGUGGACAAUGAGUAGCUAAUACAUUUACUCUAUUUUCUGUUUCUAUCUCAGUGGCUAGUUCCUCUGCAUAUAAUGUAUUUUGAGACGUCCGGUUUUAUUUAUUCAAGAAAUUAUUCUAAUUAGUUUUGGACAUAUGCUUACUAUGCAGGCCAUUCAAUUCCUGCCGUCAAUGUGCCAAAUAAUGAUGGUUUAAGCUGCUCGAUGCAAAAGAGCUCACAUAAUGGUGGUGCAAGUCAAGUUAAAUCUAUUGUUACAUGUACAACACAUCUGGUUUCCUCAGAUGAUUUCCUCAAAGACAAAACCAUUUUCACCAGCUUGUUAACGAUUCUUGGACGGAACUAAACCAUGGUGGGUGUCCUUGUUUGUGUGCCUGGUUUGUGUGUGACAUCCUGGUGUGUCACUCCAACAACUCAACCACACCUUGUUAACACAGCAUCCAUCUUGAAGAACACAAGUUCAUUCAUUUAGUUCAGGGUGAAUAUCACACACACACACACACACACACACACACACACACACACACACACACACACACACACACACACACACACACACACACACACACACACACACACACACACACACACA